AUGUUCAAACCGCCUAGUCAUCAAGUUGGGAUUAUAACGCAACAUGUUAUGGGCCAGAUUUUGUGCAUAUCAGGGCGUCCACAAAAGUUGCUUGGCAUACUGUACUUCGCUCCGCCUACUGCAGGUGGCGGUCCUGAGUCGCUGCUGAAUGUGGAGAGGUUCAUAAAAGGCAUGACCGAAGUAGGUAUGGAAAAGCGGUUUUAUGCAUGGACGCUCAAGAUGUACAGCUGUGACAUAAGCGAGUCGUCUUCUAAAGUCGGCAGGGAGUUCGUCUUGUCACUUGGCAUGGUUCAUGUCCUUCGGGGGAGGGCUUCUUGCGGAAUUGUCGGUACGAGAGGGCUUGCGGGCGGCGGUCGCCAAUCACCAGGCCAGCAGGCGUCUGAUCGCUCAGCAACGGGAAGCGGACAAGGCAGUAGAGUAACGAGUGGGUCGUGGGUACAACUGGUUCGGGAGAAGGGUCAGGUCUGCCCAUGUCAAUUCGGUAUUGUCACCCUGCACCUCACAUCAGGCACUGGACAAAGUGUAUUAUACCCCACCACGUCCGCUAAGCUGAAGCGUCAACCGGAGGCAGUAGCAACCGAGUGCUAUAUCGUACCCCAGGCACACGGAGAAGAAGACGGUUGGACAAAUGACCUGCAUCUGCAUAUCUUCUCGACGUCCUUCACGACAUAA